GAAGCUCUGCCAGGCUAGGAGUAUAUUUGAGGACACGGUUUGCCUUAAUGGUCAAAUUAGUUCCUCCAGCAUUUUGCUUCUCUAGCGUUCUUUCGUUCCCCCAGAACACCCACCAGCUAGAACGCCGCUCGGGAGCUUCAGCGGUAGCUUUGCCUAUUUGAAUUCCGGACCAGCUCGCCAGCCCUAACCCAAGCCAAAUUACUCUUUCCAAGAUGGCCUCCCUGGUGUGCUUCCCGUUCAAGGAGGAGGACGUCACCGUCGCGGUUCGCAACGUCGAGCUCGCAGCGUCCCACCCGUCCGUCUCCGCCGUGCUCGGCGUCGGCUUCUCCAAGGGCGAGACGUGGCACGCCAUCGAGACCGCGGCGCCAGGCAUCGAGAAGCGCACCGGCAAGCGCGUGAUUCUGCGCCUCCAGCGGCGGAUAGGCCUGAACCUGCGCGGCGGGAAGGGCGACGGCAUGAACACGGCGCUGCAAUUCUUUGUGGAGCACCGCGAGUUUGAGCGGCUGCACUUCUACGACGCGGAUAUCACCUCCUUCUCGGGGGAAUGGAUCUCCAAGGCCGAGAAGCAGGCGGAUUUGAACUUCGAUAUCGUGCGGCACUACUUCCCGCGCUCCUCCACCGACGCCAUGAUCACGUGGCUCGUCACCAAGAUCGGGUUCGCGCUGCUCUGGCCGAAUUCCGUGCUGCCGCACAUCGAGCAGCCGCUGGGCGGCGAGCUGCUGCUGACGCGGAAGGCCGCGGAGGUGCUGGUGGCAGACCACCGCGUGCGCACGCAGAGCGACUGGGGCAUCGACACGCUGUACACGUUCGUGACGGCGCAGGCGGGGCUGCGGCUGGCGGAGGUGUACAUCCCCGAGGGCAAGAUGCACGCGCUGUACGGCGGGCUCCGCGACCUCCGCACCAUGCUCAUCGAGUGCUUCUCCGCCAUUCAGUCGUUGAAAUCCGAGAGCCUGAACGACGAGCGCAACGCGGUGAUUCACCGGGUGGAAUUCGCGCGGCCUGUGCCCGAGGCGGUGCGGUCGAAGGUGGGGUACGACGUGGAGAAGACGCUCAAGUUGCUCAAGGAGCCGCUCUCGCCGCGCGCCAAGGACCUCCUGCACCAAUACUUCGACCCCGCUCUUGCUAAGGGGCUGAUCAUGGCCACGGAGUGGCCGACGUGGUCGUUCUGCGACGAGGAGGCGUGGGUGGGCGCGUACAUCCGCUUCCUUGACCACUUCGAGAAGGGCGACGCCGACUGGGAAGAGCUGCUCUUCCGCGUCUGGGUCGCUCGCGUGCUCAACCACACCAUCAGGAACGUGAUGCGUGGGUACGACGUGGCGCUGGGCGCGCUGCGCGAGCUGGUGGCGGAGACGCAGCAGCGGUCGGCGGGGCAGCUGCGCGUCGAGGCCAGCAACCCCAUGACGCUCGCCUCGGGCCACACGGCGCUCGAGGCGCGGCAGGACGUGGACGCCACGUGGGCCGGCAUGCAGUCCGAAACAGAAGUCGUCAACGUGCCCAUUGUGUAACGUGGGGCCGUGGAGCCUGUGCUGCUGGACACGUGGGGUCGUGCUGCGGGACACACGGGGUCGUGUCAAAUGGGUUGCUUGACACGGGGACCACACCACAUGGCAUUGGUGCUUGGUUUCAGCACAUGGCAUCGGGGUGUCGUCCACCACACCACACCCAUGCACCCGGGAACGGGUGUGUUGGGGGAGGGUGCAUAGGGGGGGGGGAUGGGAUCAUGGGACUGGCAGGCACAUUGAGCGGCAAGCUUGAGGGCUGGCUUUCCCAACUAGGCAUUGGGGACUUCCCCCAGUGGAUGGUACAUAACAUAUCCAGCUGCCGUCAGCAGCUGCUCCUCUUGAGCGCUGGUCGUCCUGGUCAGCUAGGGCAUGGAGGAUGCAUCAAAGGUGUCAAAUCUCUAGAAGUCUGCCUGGCUUCCACAGGAUUGGGCUGGCAUGCUUCCAGUCCAGGCGCAGUAAAGAGCAGCUAGACUAUUUUGGUCGAGCUUAAGAGAAAGCAGCAACAGGAGUAGGCUUUGUAGGGGUGUCUUUUGUACAGGUUGCAACUUGUGCUUUGUUGUCCAAUUAAAUAUAAUCAAUGUGAUGCCAUGGGUUUCAGACUCAGUGCGAUGAGUGAGUUCCAAUGAUGGUGU